GAGCAAACAGAGCUUUCUAGGUUUUUUCUCUUACUCUGCAAUACACAGCAAUGGCGGCGAGAGGUGCUUUGCUUCGAUACCUUAGAGUCAACGUCAAUCCAACAAUUCAAAACCCUAGAGCAUGUGCACUUCCUUUCUCCGUUCUUCUUCGCCGUUUCUCCGAGGAAGUUAGAGGCUCUUUUCUUGACAAAUCUGAGGUCACAGAUCGCGUUCUCUCUGUCGUCAAAAACUUCCAAAAAGUUGAUCCUUCAAAGGUAACACCAAAAGCCCAUUUCCAAAAUGAUCUUGGGUUGGACAGUUUGGACAGUGUUGAAGUUGUCAUGGCAUUGGAGGAGGAAUUUGGGUUUGAAAUCCCUGAUAAUGAAGCAGACAAGAUCCAGUCGAUCAAUCUAGCCGUUGAUUUUAUUGCUUCUCAUCCUCAGGCUAAGUGAAAAGAGAACUAAAUUCUUCAGCGUUCAUGCGUGCCUCAGCUGUGUUUACAGAUUUGGUUAAAGCCUAAUAAGAAGAAGUAAAGAAGCAAACAACAUUUUCUUUUUGUCAUGAGAAUGGAGAAGCUUUUGUUUUUGGCACUACUACUCUGGUUUCAUAAGUAUUAGAUGUGUUUCUGCAUGAAUUACGAGGUAUUUCAAGGAACUUUGUUUUACUUGAUUUAUCUUAUUAGACGCAUCAGACACUCAUUGCAUUAUUAAACGAUCCCUUCAAGU